CCGUACUUACUGUAAUCCAAAAUGGCAGCAGCCUUGAGGACUGUCGGUGCUGCAGUGUCGAGGCAGUCUGUACGCACAUUUUCAUCGACGUGUGUGACACAUGCAGGAAUAAAGUGGAGAUUAGAAAAUGGUUUACCACGUGGUGGAUCAGAGUACGGACCAUUAACAGAUCUACCUGACUGGUCAUUUGCAGAUGGUAGGCCUGCACCACUGCUCAAAGGACAGAUCCGCAGACAAAAGCAACGAGAGGAGUUUGCUAGAAGAGCCGUGUAUCUCAAUGCAGAGAUGGAUGAAGGGAUGAAGCAGUGGCACGAGAGCGAAAAAGCAAAGAAACAGAAAGAAGAAGAUGUCAAAUCCUUACUGCUGAAACCUAAAGGGAAUUUAUUUAAACAAAAGAAGAAAUAAAAAUGCAUGGAUACUAAA